CAUCUCGAGCUCCGUUCGCCGCCACUUCACACCUCAGAUCGCCGCCGUCAACUCUCCGGCGACUCUCUUAUUUCGCAAUGUGUGAAUGAAUGAAUGAUAGCUUCAAUAAAUCAAGUACACUCACUGUGUUCAUCACCUCACCAUGCUUUCUCGUUUAAUUCCCAAACCCUAUCAUUUCCGUCGCUUCUUCUCUCUUCCUUCGAAGCAUUCCCAUUUCCCCAAUCCACAUUUCAAUCCCUAUUUCACCAUCAUUCCCAAAUUCUUUUCCUCCACCAAUAGCAGCGACGACAACAACAACAACAACAACAACAGAAAUAUCAAGGAACCGUUUUCUUCCGGUGCCUUAAGGGGGUUUCUGGAUAGCGAAGAAAAGUUCGAAUCUUUCAUCGCCGACGACAGUGGAGGCCUUGCCGGAUUGAACGAGGAGGAAGGAGAAGGUACUGGGGCCAAAGCAGGGAACAAGGAGGAACAGUGGUGGUUGCAAGAGAAGAGUCUUGAUAAUGAAGAUGAGGAUGAUUUAUUUGAAGGUGUUGGCAAUGAAACUGGAGACAAUGAUGGUGGUUUUGGUGGCCAAUUUGGGGUGAUAGGAGAGGGCCUUAAACCUUGGAGCUUGAAGGAGAAGGAGGAGGAGGACAAAGAUGAUGUGUUUAAUUUUCAAGAGGAUGUGAGUCAGGUGGGGGAGUUUAGUGUUGUGGACAGUGUAGGCUUGAGAAGUGAAACAAAUGAGGAGGAUGUUGUGAAGCUUGAGAAGGAAGAGAAAGCUCUGACUGAUAUACUCAAAGGUCCAAAUCGUGCUUUUGGUGAUUUGAUUGCUGCUUCUGGAAUCACCGAUGACAUGCUUGACAGUUUGAUUGCAUUGAAAGACUUUGAAGGGGUUGAUGGGUUGCCCCCCCUUAGUGUAAUAGAAGACAUACGGUAUGAGAAGAAUACUACAAAAUCCACUAGAGCUGAAAUGGAGCGUCUAAAGCAAGAGGAAGCUGCCAAAGCAAGAGUGAGACAAGUAGAUGAAAAAGGACGUGCUUAUGGAACAGGAAGAAGAAAAUGCAGUGUAGCCCGUGUCUGGGUUCAACCUGGUAAUGGUAAAUUUGUAGUUAAUGAUAAAGAAUAUGAUGUCUAUUUCCCUGUGCUUGAUCAUCGCGCUGCUCUCCUUCGACCUUUCUCUGAGACAAAGACAUUGGGGCUCUGGGAUGUCAAUUGUACUGUGAAAGGAGGUGGUGUUUCAGGACAAGUUGGAGCUAUACGAUUGGGAAUCAGCAGGGCUUUGCAAAACUGGGAACCAGAUUUGCGACCUGCUCUUAGAAGUGCUGGUUUCCUGACAAGGGACUCACGAGUGGUAGAAAGGAAAAAGCCAGGAAAAGCCAAAGCAAGAAAAAGUUUCCAAUGGGUCAAGCGUUAAUACUAGGACCAUCUUUCACUGGAUGGCGAUUUUUGUAUCGAAUAUUUCCUUAAUAACUUCUUGAAAUUUGUUCACCUUGUACUGCAUCAUCACCUUUGAUGUAAUCAACGAUUGAAUUUCAAUGACACAAAAAGAAAAUUUUGUUCACCUGGGAUUGUGAUAUGUUAUGAUACAGUUACUA